AGGAAGACCGUUCAGAAAGGAAAACUCAUGGAUCUCACAAGCACAGUUAUCAUCCCACUGCUUUUUGGCAGCUUGGGGAUCUUUGCCCUUUUUCGGCUACUGCAGUGGAUGCGGAUGCGAGCUUACCUCCAAGAAGCAGUGGUCGUGAUCACAGGGGCUACCUCUGGCCUGGGAAAAGAAUGUGCAAAAGCCUUCCAUGCAGCUGGCUCCAAGCUGGUGCUCUGUGGCAGAGACAGUGAGAAACUCAAAGACCUGGUGCAGCAGCUUUCUACUGUGACCAAUCACCGAAAGAACACACACAAACCUCACACUGUGGUAUUUGACCUCUCGGACACUAAAACUGUCCUAGACGCUGCUGAAGAGAUCCUGAAGUACUUGGGUCACGUAGACAUACUGAUCAACAAUGCAGGCAUUAGCUUCCGGGGCACAAUUGUGGACACAGGACUGGAUGUGGACAAGAAAGUGAUGGAAACAAAUUAUUUUGGUCCUAUAGCCCUCACCAAAGCACUUCUCCCCUCCAUGAUCAAGAGGAGACAAGGCCACAUUGUGGCCAUCAGCAGUGUUCAAGGCAAAAUAAGCAUUCCUUUCAGAUCAGCAUAUGCUGCCUCUAAGCAUGCUACCCAGGCCUUCUUCGAUUGUCUACGAGCAGAGGUAGAGCAAUAUGACAUUGAAGUGACAGUUAUAAGCCCCGGAUACAUUCAGACAAACCUCUCUCUCAAUGCUGUAACAGCAGAUGGAUCUCGCUAUGGAGUUAUGGACAAGAACACCGCCGAAGGACAGACAGCCGCAGAGGUGGCUCAGGUGGUUCUCAAUGCAGUGGGACAGAAGAAGAAGGAAGUACUGGUAGCUGGCCUAACACCAUCCCUGGCUGUCUAUCUGCGAAACCUCUUCCCCAGGCUCUUCUUCACCUUAAUGGCAGCUAGAGCGAAAAAGGAGAGAAAAGCAAAGGACUCUUAAAGCUCAGCUCAUUCAAGAAGUAACUGUAGGGAGAGGCGAACCCCCUGCAGUUUGGCUGGGACAUUGGUGGAAGUGCUCUUGCAGGGAAAAACCUUUCCCAAAAUGCUGC